CUCUCGACCGAACGAAAAACUUCAGUGCUCAUUCUUAUCCAUGAAUCCCGCGAUAGGGUCCAGUGCACUGUGAGGAGACGAUGUCCUUAGGCCUCGCGAAAACAGGGCCCGGAGGACUUCCGGGGCCCGCAGGCCUCCACGACAUGCAACAGACUCAACAGAUGGCCCUUAAACACAUGAUGACGCCACGCUGUACCAUGUCUAUCACGCGAACGAAGGGAUUGCUAAAUGGUCCCGGCCAGAACAAUUGUUUCCUCAAUUCGGCCGUCCAGGUGUUGUGGCAUCUCGACAUUUUCCGACGGAGCUUUCGCGAUCUCGUCGGUCAUGUCUGCAUGGCAGAAUCGUGCAUUUUCUGCGCAUUGAAAGAACUCUUCGCACAGUUCCAAUACAGCCAGGAGUCAGCGUUGCCUCCCGACGCUCUACGGAGGGCCCUGGCGGAGACGUUCUUCGAUCAGAGGCGAUUCCAGCUUGGUUUCAUGGACGAUGCCGCCGAGUGUUUCGAGAACAUGCUCCUCCGAAUCCACUACCAUCUGGCGAGCCACGACCUCGAGGAAAUCUGCGUUGUGAGACAUUGUAUCCCGCAUCAGAAGUUUGCUAUGACCCUGGUCGAACAGACGAUAUGUCAUAUGUGCGGAGCGACUUCGGAACCGCUGCCAUUCACUCAGAUGGUGCACUACGUUUCGGCGUCGGCUCUGUGCGCACAGGCCAAUAAAGAGAAAACCGUCUCGUUUGGAGAGCUCCUCUACAAAGCAGGUGGAAUGGGCGACAUUCGCGACUGUCCGAGUUCCUGCGGUGCGAAAAUCCAGAUCCGCCGUUCGCUAAUAAAUAAACCUGACAUCGUAUCGCUCGGCCUGGUUUGGGACUCGGAGAAGCCGACUGUUGAUCACAUAGUUAACGUUCUGGAUACGAUCGGUACUACUUUAGCCAUGACCGAAAUGUUCUUCGCGGUCGUCGACCAGCAGUGGGCUCAAAGUACAACUCACAACCUCGUCGGAAUCGUAACUUAUUACGGGAAGCAUUAUUCCACCUUCUUCUUCCACACCAAGCUCCGAGUCUGGAUCUACUUUGACGAUGCGACUGUUCGAGAGAUCGGGCCUCAUUGGCAGCAAGUUGUGGAGAAGUGUCGCAAAGGUCAUUUCCAACCCCUGUUGCUGUUGUACGCCAAUCCGAAUGGCAGCCCCGUGCAGACUGUCGGCGCGCCGAAAGCCGUCCUCCAUUGUUCGAACGGGCUCAAGCACCCGUCGGAACUGAACAAGUUCAUCGCGGCAAACACCGAAGUUCCGACGGCGAUGUCGCACUACGCUAAUGCGCAGCAGUGGAUUCAGAACAAUUGGCACAAAACUGGCGAAAUUCCAGCCAACGUCACCAUGAAGGUUUACCGACCGCGAACCUAUUCGGACAGUAGCGUGGUCGCCGACGGCCCGAUGCUGUUGCCAUCGAAAGGUGCGGUUCUGGGCGGGAACAACGUCAAUGGCCUGAUCGGUAAACCCCACUACGACGACGAGUUCAUGUGUCAGGAGUAUAUCAAUCGACAAACUGUCGAAAAUGUCCUCACGAAACAGAGAAUGCAUCAAAGACAUCAGAGACUGGCCAUCGUCAACGCCACCCACAACCCGCAUCACAUGAUCCCGCAACAGGGAGGCGUACGAACGAGCUCGAGCUCGUUGGAGUCGUUCGAAAACUCUCUCAGAGAGAAGAUGCUCGAGCAACUCCAGGAGGGCAGACGUCGAGACAGCGGUAACUGGUCGGGAGAACGGAACUCUAGUUCCAGCUCGAGUUCAACUUCGCUCGACAAUCCCUAUGCGUUGCCGAACGUGAAGCGUCUCCAGAGACCGAUCAUGCCCCAUCCGACGGAAUGCUUCCCCAACGGCGUGACUUCUGCAGCGGGCGCUGCUUCUUCUGUCGUCGAUAAAGGUUACGAUUCGUACUCGAUCAGCAGUACUGACUCUUAUCCGGGUCCGCCCGGCUCACCGCACAAACCCCUUGGCGGAAUCCAAGAGGAAUCUCAAUUGCAUGUGGACAUUUCGAAAAUGACACACGUACCAAAACAAGUGGCACAGAGGGCCCUGUUGGAUCCGUUUGUCGAAGAAAUUCUCGCUCAGAGAGGCCCGGCCGAAUACGAGAAACUGUGGGCUCAGAGCGACUGGCUCAUCAGGAGAUCCUACGAAAAAGAACAGACGGGCGAUCUCGAGGUUUCGGCCUUCCUCAGUGACUGCGCCGCUUCCAAAGCUCGGGUCUCGAUGGAGGCUCCCUACGGGAACGGGCAGACACUGAUCGCGGCUCGAAUGAAGCAUUCGUCGUGCGUGAUGAGAUCCAACAUGCUCUACAGAAGGAUCAAGGAGAUCGAGAUGGAGAGCAAGAAGAGACAGCGCGAUUUGGAGAUCAUCCAUAGCCGUCAGGGCUCGAAGGACAGUCGGCGGAGCUCUAACCACAGCCGACAGAACAGCCGCGAACUGUUGCCCCCUCCUCCCGAUAGCAUGCUUUCCGAUCCCAUGGAAUCGUCGGUGGCCGUCUACGCGACGCUCCCGAAGAAAUCCGUGCGGAAACGACUUGUCGACACCGAGGAAUACCACGGUGUGGGGUCCGAAGCCGUUCCGAGAGUUCCACCGAAAAAUUUCAGUGUCAGAGAAUUCCUCGACGCCGAAGGAGAACAAGAGAAGAAACUGUCGCCUCUCAUGAGAAGCAACAGCAACCCCGCCGGCAUAGCAGCUCGGAGCGGAGACGAGAGUCGUGAGGAAGGACCUAAUUCGAAGGACGCAAAAAAGGUUCACAAGAUCAAACGAAAGCUCAUGGGAGGCUUCAUGAGACGGAAAAAUCGAUCGCUGCCCGACCUCCGAGACGCCGAGGAUUCCGGAGCUAUUUCUGCACCGGAAUCCUGUAACGAAUCAUCAACGAAAAUCUCGGAGAAGGCCAAAGCGGCUCAGAUCUCACCACUGCGAGGCUUCCACCAAACCACCAGCCGACCGAAUCGACCGCAACUGGUGAAAGUCAACUGUCCGAAAGUCGCGGUUCUUCCGGACGUUAAUGGAAAUAAGUUCAAUUCGUUGCCCGCUCUGCCCAAGGUCGAAGAGAAGAAAGAAAUCGACGUUUACGAAGAUCCCGAAUACGCGGCUCUGAAUGUUGUGCGUAAAGAGCUGAAGGUGGAGGAGCCCCGAACCGAGGAGCAGCGCGAAGCUUUCCUUGGAGAACUCCAGCGGAAGCGUGCUCAACUUCACGAGAAGAGGAGCCAGGAAGCCACUAGCAAUAAGGCGAACCAUUGUCCAACGGUGAGUUGAUUGCAAAUCUCAUUCCCUCUCUAUCUGCAGGCUCCUUCGCAAUCGGCGGACCCGGACACCACGCUCAAAACCGUGAAGAAGCUCGCUUCUAAGUUUGAGAAAAUCCUCUCGAUCCCUCCAGUCAAUGGCUGCGAUGAGAUCGAUUUCUGUCCUGCCCCCGGAGAGGAUAUUUUGGCGAAACCACUUCUGCCCCCACCUCCUCCCGCCACUCAAGCCUCUAGUCAGUCGGCGAACGCUCCGAUUCCUCCUCCCACCGCGCCUCCGUCGGCAACAUUCACCCGUUCCAGCUCGAUUCGUUCCACGUCUUCGACGGGGAGCACCGGAUCUGAUGGACUCCGCAGACCCUCGCGACCGCCGGAUUACGAAACAGCUCUCCAACGGCGGGAACUAAUGAAAAAACAGCGAGCCUCCGUAUCGUCGAGUAUCGAUGAGGAGUUUUCGAACCUGCCUCCUCCUGCGACCGAUAUUCUCGCAACACCGCCUCUGGCGAGAGCGCAUCUGCAAUCAGUCUCCAGUAUCGGCUCAAUUACGUCUCUCAAAGACUGCAUGGACUCAGCGGUUUCCGCCAAAUGCAGAAAAGAAACCGCCCCGGUGAAAGACCAAGCCAAAACGAGGAGCAUCUCAACGAGCAGCACGGGUAGCAGCUCGAAAAAGAAGAGUGUCACAUUUAGCGAUCAGGUCGAGUUGGUCUCGUGCGCUGAAGAGGUCGUCGACGAUUUCGUUCCUAAUCCCCUGUUGGAAAGAGUGCUCAAACAACACAAGGAGAGAGUUCAAGAUCAACUGAAUUCCUCGAUUGAGAGCUCGACCGAGCAAGCAGCGACUGAACCGGUUGCGGCCACCGAAACCAGUUCGGAAAUGUGCAAUUUGUGCCACGUUCAGGCGGUUCCUCCCGAAACUACCUAUUGUUCCGACUGUGCUUUCUACAUGUCGCGGUUUCAAAAGCCGACGGAGUCUUAGACGAGGUCGGUUUCCUUCGUUACUCUCCCUCAAAGCUUUUCCCCCGCUCGGAGCUUCCUGCAAGGAGCUGGAACUCUGAGCCGGUCGUUGUGAUCAUUGAAACGUGUAAUAUUCGCUAAGGCUUUGUAACAUGCGCAGGUUUUCUGAGCAGAAAAUCUGCUCCAUGUUGUACCUCUCAUUCUGUCGACUCUCUCGGUCGUCAGGGUCCUCGGCGUGAACCACAAAGAAGCUGUGGUUGCGACUUGGUUUCCUCCUCGGCUAUUUACACUCGUCCUCUGGAGCCGAUUCGGACCGUCGUGAAAUCGG